AUGUUUCUGGUGUACCAAAAUGUUGUUAUUGUGUCAAACAUCCAACCUGACAUCCCACCUGACAUCCCACCUGACAUCCCACCUGACAUCCCACCUGACAUCCCACCUGACAUCCCACCUGACAUCCCACCUGACAUCCCACCUGACAUCCCACCUGACAUCCCACCUGACAUACCACCUGACAUACCACCUGACAUCCCACCUGACAUCCCACCUGACAUCCCACCUGACAUCCCACCUGACAUCCCACCUGACAUCCCACCUGACAUCCCACCUGACAUCCCACCUGACAUCCCACCUGACAUCCCACCUGACAUCCCACCUGACAUCCCACCUGACAUCCCACCUGACAUCCCACCUGACAUCCCACCUGACAUCCCACCUGACAUCCCACCUGACAUCCCACCUGACAUCCCACCUGACAUCCCACCUGACAUCCCACCUGACAUCCCACCUGACAUACCACCUGACAUACCACCUGACAUACCACCUGACAUACCACCUGACAUACCACCUGACAUACCACCUGACAUACCACCUGACAUACCACCUGACAUACCACCUGACAUACCACCUGACAUACCACCUGACAUACCACCUGACAUACCACCUGACAUACCACCUGACAUACCACCUGACAUACCACCUGACAUACCACCUGACAUACCACAUGACAUACCACAUGACAUACCACAUGACAUACCACAUGACAUCCCACAUGACAUCCCACAUGACAUCCCACAUGACAUCCCACAUGACAUCCCACAUGACAUCCCACAUGACAUCCCACAUGACAUCCCACAUGACAUCCCACAUGACAUCCCACAUGACAUCCCACAUGACAUCCCACAUGACAUCCCACAUGACAUCCCACAUGACAUCCCACAUGACAGCUAG